CUGGCUGUCAAGAACAGGUUGGGUGUGCGGAGGAGGCAAUGCACCGUGUAGUCGCCUAAUCAGGGGGAACUGGCAAGGACAGCACCAUCCACAGCUACAGGAUAGCAAUUCCUGUGGGAGAAGCAUCAAGCUGGCGGGGGCUGAGAGAAAAUGAACACGACGGAACUGCCAUGGACCAGCAAUGCAAAGGAGCUCGAUGGGGAGGAAGGAUCAUCGCCUUGUGUUGGUCUUGGCGCCAUCAUCUACUAUUGUAUUCUGUUGUGCCUGGGGCUGCCAGUUAACAUCUUGACUGCCGUUGCUCUGUCCCGCCUAGCUGCCCGCACCCAGAAAUCCUCCUAUUGGUACCUCCUGGCCCUCACAGCUUCUGACAUCCUGACUCAGGUCUUCAUCAUCUUUGCAGGCUUCAUCGUGCAGGCAGCCAUCCUGGCCCGUGAGGUUCCUGGUGCUUUUGCCCACACCAUCAAUGUGCUGCAGUUCACAGCCAACCAUGCCUCCAUCUGGGUGACAGUACUGCUGACCAUGGACCGUUAUGUGGCCCUCUGCCACCCACUGCAGUACAGGGCUGUCUCCUAUCCUGCAAGGACCCAGAAGAUUAUCAGUGCUGUGUUUGCCAUCUCUCUGGCCACUGGAAUCCCCUUCUACUGGUGGCUAGACGUUUGGCAUGACAAUGACCCACCCACCACCAUAGACAAAGUCCUGAAGUGGCUUCACUGCUUCAUUAUCUACUUCAUUCCCUGUAGCAUCUUUCUGGUGACAAAUUCCAUGAUCAUCUGCAAGCUCAGGCACUCUGGUGGGCCCAAGCGGUGCCUGAGCAAAACCACAGCAAUCCUGUUGGCCAUCACCACUGUUUUCAUCAUCCUCUGGGCUCCACGGACAUUUGUCAUGAUUUACCACCUCUACAUGACCUCAAGCAAUCAGGUCCAGGGAGUACAUCUGGCUCUAGACAUUGCCAACAUGAUAGCCAUGCUCAACACCUCCCUCAACUUCUUCCUCUAUUGCUUUGUCAGCAAGACCUUCCGGCGUACUGUGUGGGAGGUGCUGGUAUCUCUCAGGCUUCCAUGCAAACAAUCACUAAGGGAAGAAAUCCCCUCUGACCCAGUCCUGAAACCACUGGGGGUCUUGGAUAGUGCUUCACUCUAGGAAGGUUAUCUUUCUUCUGCAACCAGUUCUGAGUUUUGCUGAAAGACAGCUCAAUAGGUUGAUGGAUCCCUGGAACCGAUAGGUUUGGUGUAUAAUAUGGUUCUGGACCAGGGUGUUAGGUAACUGCAUUGUUGGGUUUAGUGAACACUCAUGCAUAUCUACAGAUAUAUGUCUGCAUAUACUUGCCUAUAUAUUUGCAUAUACUUGUACCUGUGCAUGUAUGUUUUUAUAUGUGUAGAAGGUGUGUGUGAGAGAGAGAAACUUUAGGUGCAUAUAGACAACCAUUUAGAAGGGGAAACUCCAUGUACAUGCAUCCACAUAGAAAGUUGGUUCUGUAUCAUUCUAGAACCCAAAAGAUCCCCAAAAGACAGUUCUGUAACAUUCCACCAAGGGGAACAUGGCAGCUGAUCAUCUGCUGCCUUUGACCACUCAGUGAGCCAACAGUCACCAUGCUCCUACAACCACUCAGAAAUCCAGGGAAGUGGGGAAUGCAGUAACACAACACACAGUUGACCUUGCCACUGGAGGCUACAGAUGACUGGCUUGCUUCACAGUUAGAGGGCAUCACAUGGGGAAUUUUUAAGCUGCCACCAAGUAAGUGAUCAUGUCAACCAGCGUGUUGUAGUUCACAGAGAGACCAGGGUUCAAAUCCCCCCUCAGCCAUGAAACUCAUUGUGUGACCUCAGGCCAGUUACUUACUGAGGCUGUUCUCAUGACAUGG